CUUGAAAAGGCCAUGGUUGGCUGCAAAUUAUGUCUGUUAAAAUGAUGUCAGCGGAAGUCAUGAGUGGAGGUUAGGUUGGAGUCUACCGUUUCUAGGAGCUGCGCUGCUGAGAUCCUCUGAUUAGAACUGUACACAGUAUUCUUGAUGUGGUUGUGCCAGAGAUGUACAUAACAGCAUUUUGAUAAUUGUUUUGUUUUCAACCGUGUCAUUUUACACUGGUGAUACCAGGGACUGAACCCAGCAUCUUCAGUAUACAAGUAUUUUGCCUGCAUGCUGUGCAGAAUUUCUCCCUGUUGAUCAAACAGGUAAAGAUCCAAAGAAUUGAUGACCGCAAGAGUUGCUUCCUUUUCUAAGGCUCCUGUGAUGCUCAUGCAGCACAUCUAAGAAACCAUGAAAUUCUUGUCCCUCGUUGCCAUUGUCUGGUGUGUCCUAGUAUCAUCAUCUGAUGCCACCAAGGUGUGGAAGCGAGAGGAGCUUUGAGGACAUCCGCUGCAAGUGCAUCUGCCCCCCAUACAGGAAUAUCAGUGGACACAUUUAUAAGAAGAAUGUGUCGCAGAAAGACUGUAAUUGCCUGCAUGUGGUGGAACCAAUGCCUGUGCCAGGAAAUGAUGUUGAAGCAUACUGCCUGCUGUGUGAGUGCAAGUAUGAAGAACGGAGCACCACCACCAUAAAGAUUAUAAUCAUCAUUUACCUCUCGGUGAUUGGAGCCUUGCUACUCUACAUGGCCUUUCUGAUGCUGGUUGACCCCUUGAUCCGCAAGCCUGAUGCCUACACCCACCCACUGCACAAUGAGGAAGAGAGCGAGGAUGCCCAUUCAUUGGCAGCUGUGCGCCCUUCUGCCAGCACCAGGGCAAACACGGUGCUGGAGAGAGUGGAAGGAGCUCAGCAACGGUGGAAGCGUCAGGUGCAAGAGCAGAGGAAGACUGUCUUUGAUCGGCACAAGAUGCUGAGUUAGAGCUCACCAAGAGUUCUCAAUCCUGCGGGUUUGCUGGGCAGAUGAUAUCCAUUAGCCAGUACAAUUAGAAGUCUGUAGCUUGAA